AUGCACUUUUAUGAAGAUUCUGAGGUUGAAGAGGUUAAGCAAAAGGGGCUGCAGAUGUCGAGGUUUACGCCAUUCUCAGUUUGCAGCAUUGCAGGUCUUCCACAACAACAAGAUGGUACGUCUUGCGGAAUUAUAACCGUCAAAUUCAUCGAGCAUCUUAGUGCUAGGAUUUCGGUGGAUAAAGUUGACCCUUUGAAGAUCAAGUAUUACCGACUGAAGCUUGCAAUUGAGGGUUUAAGGGGGGAGGAACUCCUUCAUAUGAACAUGCAGAAGCAGUGGCUAGUUAGUUUAGAUAUUAUGCUGUGGAUGAGAUUUUCUACUGUUGAUGAAAGCCAGUCCCUCCCUUCCUUUGUCCUUCUUGAUCUUACAAGGGCAAGCAAGCUGAUUGGGGUUACAAGAUUUGAUACCUAUCUUAAACAUUGUGAAGCUGAUAUGAGAAACAUUGCUAACAGAUUCUUGGUCCUUACCUGUCUAUCGUUGAGCAACAUUCCUAUCAGUCAAACAUAUUCUCCAGAUGUCAAACAUGAGCUGUUCAUGCUUUCUUUACCUGCAAUUUUGGGUCAGGCCAUUGAUCCCUUAGCACAGCUAAUGGAGACUGCUUACAUUGGUAGAUUGGGUUCUGUGGAGUUGGCUUCAGCUGGUAUUUCAAUGAACAUCUUCAAUUAUAUAUCAAAGCUAUUUAAUAUCCCUCUCCUCAGUGUUGCUACAUCUUUUGUUGCUGAAGAUCUUGCAAAGAGUGAAAAAAAUGGUUGGCUAGGAGACAUUACUAAUGGUAAACCCGAACGUACUAAUGGAGUAACUGAGAGAAAGCAACUAUCUUCAGUGUCUACAGCUUUACUAUUAUCAGUGGGGAUUGGGAUUUUUGAGGCCGUAGCCUUGUGUUUGGGAUCUGGAUUGUUUCUGAAUAUGAUGGCCAUAUCAAUGGACUCACCUAUGCGCAUUCCUGCAGAACGGUUUCUUUCACUAAGACCAUUUUCUUACAACCACACAUGUACACACCUCUAUGUGUGUAUUGGUAAUCUCCUAGCUGCAUUUUUAUUACCCAUCCUUAUGUAUUAUUUUGGUUUGGGUGUAACUGGUGCAGCCCUUUCCACUGUUAUAUCUCAAUACACUGUCACCUUUUUAAUGAUCUGGUUUUUAAAUAAGAGAGCUAUACUAUUGCCUCCAAAGGUGGGAUCAUUGAAAUUUGGUGGAUACAUAAAAUCUGCUCAUGGUUUUCUUCUUGGAACAACUCUUGCUGUUCUUACUACCUUGACAUUGGGAACAUCAAUGGCUGCUCGUCAAGGUCCAGUAGCUAUGGCUGCUCAUCAGAUAUGUAUACAAGUUUGGUUGGCUGUAUCCCUUCUAACUGAUGCAAUGGCUGCAUCUGGUCAGGUGAUUGCUACUUAUUUAUGUAAAGGUGAAUACAAAAUUGUGAAAGAAGUUGCUGACUUCGUGUUAUAA